CCCAUCCACCUCCAUCCGCACCUCUUGAUCUGCGCAACCCACACAAUCCCCUCGUGUAUCUUUUCUCCUUCCCUCUCCUCCUCACUCCCCCCUUCUGUAUCCACUACUCUCCCCUCCCUUCCCCACCUCGUCGUCAUGUUCCUCCGUGCCGCCAACCGCAGCAUUGCCUCGUCGGUCCGCUCUGCCCAGGCGGCUCGCGGCUACGCCUCGGUCACCUCGACCUUUGCCGGCAAGAAGGAUGCCAGCGGCAACUACACUGUCACUCUUAUCCCCGGUGACGGUAUCGGCCCCGAGAUCGCAGAGUCGGUCAAGGACAUCUUCAAGGCCGCCAAGGCCCCCAUCCAGUGGGAGGAGGUCGACGUUACCCCCAUCCUCAAGGACGGCAAGACUGUCAUCCCCGACGACGCCAUCGCUUCGGUCAAGAAGAACACUGUCGCCCUCAAGGGCCCUCUUGCUACCCCUAUCGGCAAGGGACACGUUUCCCUCAACCUCACCCUCCGCCGCACCUUCUCCCUCUUCGCCAACGUUCGUCCUUGUGUCUCCAUCCCCGGCUACAAGACCGCCUACGACAACGUCAACACUGUCCUCAUCCGUGAGAACACUGAGGGCGAGUACUCUGGUAUCGAGCACGUUAUCGUCCCCGGCGUCGUCCAGUCGAUCAAGCUCAUCACCUACGAGGCCUCGGAGCGUGUCGCCCGCUACGCCUUCCACUACGCCCAGGAGUCUGGCCGUAACAAGGUCACGGCCGUCCACAAGGCCAACAUUAUGAAGAUGUCGGACGGCAUGUUCCUCACUGCCUGCCGCGCCGUCGCCAAGGAGUACCCCAACGUCGCGUACGACGAGGACCUCCUCGACCGUAUCUGCCUGCGCAUCACCCAGGACCCCACCCCUUACAACGACCGUGUCAUGGUCAUGCCCAACCUUUACGGUGACAUUCUUUCCGACCUUUCCGCCGGUCUCAUUGGCGGUCUCGGCCUCACCCCCUCGGGCAACAUUGGCCGCGACGCCUCCAUCUUCGAGGCCGUCCACGGCUCCGCCCCCGACAUUGCCGGCAAGGGCCUCGCCAACCCUACCGCUCUCCUCCUCUCUUCUCUCAUGCUCCUCCGCCACAUGGGUCUCCCCGAGAUUGCCGACCGCAUCGAGAAGGCUUCGCUCACGACCAUUGCCGAGGGCAAGCACAUUACCGGUGACCUUGGCGGCAAGGCCGGCACCAAGGAGUACACCGACGCCAUCAUUGCCAAGCUUUAAUCAAGGGGGAGAUGGGACAAAAUCAAUCAUGGUCUAGUGUGGCUUUAGGAAGUCAUGCAUGAUGUGUAACGAG